AUGGAUGGUGGAUAUAGUGAUGAUGGUUUGUAUUUUUGCAGGUUGCCAGGUAUGAAGGGUAAAUGCAAAACGAAUGGACAGGUUAUGGGUGGUACUGGUGUUGUUAGUAAGCAGCCUAGGAGCACUGGAGCAGUAUCGGCUACGACUGCUCCGAAAACGAUGCCACUUAUCUCUACUAAAGACGAGGUCAAAGGGAAUGGUCAUGUCGCUAGAAAUGGAACUGCGCCUAAAGAUCGUGCCAUAACUACUGCACCGAAACCUCGAAAAACAGCACAAGCUGACAUGCAGGAUCACACGAGUCAACAACAAAGUUCAGAUUACAUCAGGAUACGUUUAAAACCCGCACAUAUGUAUUCUGACGAAGACGACUCCGUACCCAUCGAACCAGCCCCUCCGUCCGUCAAACCAGUGACUUUAGAUCUACGUCAAUCCGAUGACACGAUUCACAAGCACCCUGAUCAGAAAUCGUUCAAACCUGCAUCUGGUCACAAACCACAGAAUAGGUCACCAUCGCCAUCACCAGCCUCGGCUUCCAGAAAGAGUUCUUUCUGCUCGUUGUUCAAAUCGAAAGAGACCAUAAGUCAACCAGAUUCGCCGCGAAUCAAGGCGACCGAUAAAUCUGGUUCGGUUCUGUCUUUGUUUAGACCGAGAGCCAAGUCGAAAAGUAAAUCUCCGGUUGUUGAACACAGACACAGACAAAUGGUGCCUGUACAGAAAGAACCCGAAGAACCUGUCUACAUCCGAAUACCUCUCCACACCCCGACCGAAGAAGAUCUAAAGUCCGGUGUCAUAGGCACCAGACAAGAUUUGGAGAAAGUUUUUGGCCGUGAAGUCAACAGACCAAGUGACAUUCCAUCCAAUCGAUCCAGAAAACCUAGUGACGAAGGAUCUUCUAGAAAUGUCAGGGUACAGAAAAAAUCACCGCCGUCUGAUGGUAUCAGAAUACCUCUCCAUGGACCGCCGGUAAAACAAGAAGACAUUAUGAAAGUUUUUGAGAGUUGUUCGCGACCAAAGAAUGACGAUUCGAUGAAACUGAAAAGUGACAGUGUAAGAAUUCCAGUGCGUACUAUGACACCAGAAGAUUUAUCAGGGCUUGUGGACACCAGGAAGAUUGAUUUUGAUAAAUCGAAGGAUUAUAUACAUAUUUCUUUGCAUACGCCGCCGCAUGAAAAACCUGCAGAUUGUUUUACCAAAGUUAAAAUUGCUGAUGGUAAAAAAGUGGUGAAGGCGCAUAAAGGCGAAAGCAAUACUCCCAAGUUGCAAAAAACGGAUAGAAUCGAUGAUUCGAGACCUAAAGAAGUUCCUAAAAAGCAAUCCAAGUGUAGAAGGAUACCGUUACCUGAUGGUAGUAUUAGGAUUCCUUUACGUUCACCCAGUGAUGAAGAAGUCCCUGAACAAGCUGCUGAAGUUUCUAAGAAUUUUGAACCAGAACCAGAAAAACCGGAGAUAAAUUUUGAUGAAGUGAUUAAACAAGUUAAAGAAAUCCAACUGAAAUCUGAUUUAAGUAGGCAAAGUGAUAAAAAAGUGGAGGAAAAAGUUAGUUCACCUCAGGAAGAGAAGAAAAAAACAAAAAAACGUUUAGUCUUCACUACAAAAUUAGGCAGUCGCGAGGAACAAGUUUUCAGCACCCAGUUCAGUUUGAGCAAAACCGAGAGCCAAUGUAGUCAACCAGCGUCUCCAGAAGACCAAAAAGCUUCUACUGAACCAUCAAUUCCACCAGAAGAAACAAAAGUAGCUUCACCACCCAAAGUAGCCGCAAAACCUGCACGCAAAAUGUUUUUAUCCAAACGCACCCUCGCCCAACAAAUUUUAGACUACGAACGCGAUCGUGUUAAAACCGAAGACGAACUUUUGGAAGCGAAACCGAGUGAAACUGUCUCUAAACCUGCAGUGCAUGAAUUUAGUGAUGUAGUUAAUAAAAUUAGUGAAACGCUACCUCAACAAGUGGUUAGUGAACCUUUAUUUACAAAACAAGAGAUUGUUAAGGAUACUGCAGAUGUUGUGGUGCAUAAUGGUGGUAGGAAGAAGGAAUUUGUCAAAACCGAUUCGUUUCAGCAAGCUAUGAGGACGACUCCUGAUGAUGAACAGAGAAGCCUAAGGUCUCCUAAUAUUCCAUCACCAUCUUCCGAAACUCUUCUCGGGCGCCCAAAACGGACACCAUCAUCCGAUGGUUCCGUAUCACCACGUUCGAGCAGUUCUGCCGCCGUCAGGAGACGUGCAGAACUGGAACGAGCACAAAGAAGUCAUCGGUCGUCCGAGGACGAAAUGGACGACGACAGAGGUGCGACUAUAGACGACAGAGAUAGAGUGGCCGUUGUCGAUCUUCAGAGAAGGUCAUCGUCGUCUUCUUCAGGCGGCGAGGAGGAAGGCGCCAGGAAAAGGAGGAGGAUGCUGAGGGCGCAAAUUGCAGAGCAGGAGCCGGAGGCUAGGGUUCUGGUCGCUGAGUUGAAUGAGGACUCUUUUGAGUUGGAGGAGUUUCCUUAUGUUCCUACGACUUUACCGCAAGAACGUCCUGUGGCUGUUCCUAUAGUACCCGUCAAGCAGCGGAGGAAAAAUAAUAAAACCACUUGCAAAUACAAAGAAGAUGCAAUUUUAGGAAGAAGUGCUUCAGUGAGUGCUGUAUCGUCUUUAGGAUUCCGUGAAGAGGGUGCCUUGGAUUUGAGAUCAAGUACUGAAGAACUUGACUUUUUGGGACCUGGUGCCAAACCAGUCGAGGAACCGAGGAGAGAAUCACAGUGUUCUGAGGUCGUCCUCCUCUGUAUAUCAGGGCGCACAAGUCGUGUCUCCAGUCUAAGUUCUAAACAUUUUUUGUGGCACAGGAUCGCCUGCAGCUGGGGGAGUUGCUGUGGCAGACGUAGAGACUGUGGAACUCCUUUAAGGAGAGCCCAAAACGCUGCUGGAAGUGCCGUUAGUGAAGCCGAAAAAGUUUUACUUGCCAGAGGAACUGAUCCUACAGAAGCUGUACUGGCUGAAGGGUUCAGGUUGCCAGGUAUGAAGGGUAAAUGCAAAACGAAUGGACAGGUUAUGGGUGGUACUGGUGUUGUUAGUAAGCAGCCUAGGAGCACUGGAGCAGUAUCGGCUACGACUGCUCCGAAAACGAUGCCACUUAUCUCUACUAAAGACGAGGUCAAAGGGAAUGGUCAUGUCGCUAGAAAUGGAACUGCGCCUAAAGAUCGUGCCAUAACUACUGCACCGAAACCUCGAAAAACAGCACAAGCUGACAUGCAGGAUCACACGAGUCAACAACAAAGUUCAGAUUACAUCAGGAUACGUUUGAAACCUGCACAUAUGUAUUCUGAUGAAGACGACUCCGUACCCAUCGAACCAGCUCCUCCGUCCGUCAAACCGGUGACUUUGGAUCUACGUCAAUCCGAUGACACGAUUCACAGGCACCCUGAUCAGAAAUCGUCCAAACCUGCAUCUGGUCAAAAACCACAGAAUAGGUCACCAUCGCCAUCACCGGCCUCGGCUUCCAGAAAGAGUUCUUUCUGCUCGUUGUUCAAAUCGAAAGAGACCAUAAGUCAACCGGAUUCGCCGCGAAUCAAGGCGACCGAUAAAUCUGGUUCGGUUCUGUCUUUGUUUAGACCGAGAGCCAAGUCGAAAAGUAAAUCUCCGGUUGUUGAACACAGGCACAGACAAAUGGUGCCUGUACAGAAAGAACCCGAAGAACCUGUCUACAUCCGAAUACCUCUCCACACUCCCACUGAAGAAGAUCUAAAGUCCGGUGUCAUAGGCACCAGGCAAGAUCUGGAGAAAGUUUUUGGCCGAGAAGUCAACAGACCAAGUGACAUUCCAUCCAAUCGAUCCAGAAAACCUAGUGAGGAAGGAUCUUCUAGAAAUGUCAGGGUACAGAAAAAAUCACCGCCGUCUGAUGGUAUCAGAAUACCUCUCCAUGGACCGCCGGUAAAACAAGAAGACAUCAUGAAAGUUUUUGAAAGUUGUUCGCGACCAAAGAACGACGAUUCGAUGAAACUGAAAAGUGAUAGUGUAAGAAUUCCAGUACGUACUAUGACACCAGAAGAUUUAUCAGGACUUGUGGAUAGCAGGAAGAUUGAUUUUGAUAAGUCCAAGGAUUAUAUACAUAUUUCUUUGCACACGCCGCCGCAUGAAAAACCUGCAGAUUGUUUUACCAAAGUUAAAAUCGCUGAUGGUAAAAAAGUGGCGAAGGCGCAUAAAGGCGAAAGCAAUACUCCCAAGUUGCAAAAAACGGAUAGAAUCGAUGAUUCGAAAUCUAAAGAAGUUCCUAAAAAGCAAACCAAGUGUAGAAGGAUACCUUUACCUGAUGGUAGCAUUAGGAUUCCUUUACGUUCACCCAGUGAUGAAGAAGUCCCUGCUGAAGUUUCUAAGAAUAUUGAACCAGAACCAGAAAAACCGGACAUAAAUUUUGAUGAAGUGAUUAAACAAGUUAAAGAAAUCCAACUGAAAUCUGAUUUAAGUAGGCAGCAAGUGGAGGAAAAAGUAAGUUCGCCUCAGGAAGGAAAGAAAAAAACAAAAAAACGUUUAGUCUUCACCACAAAAUUAGGCAGUCGCGAGGAACAAGUUUUCAGCACCCAGUUCAGUUUGAGCAAAGCCGAGAGCCAAUGUAGUCAACCAGCGUCUCCAGAAGACCAAAAAGCUUCUACUGAACCAUCAAUUCCACCAGAAGAAACAAAAAUAUCUACUUCACCGCCCAAAGUAGCCGCAAAACCUGCACGCAAAAUGUUUUUAUCAAAACGUACCCUCGCCCAACAAAUUUUAGACUACGAACGCGAUCGUGUUAAAACUGAAGAUGAACUUUUGGAAGCGAAACCGAGUGAAAUUGUCUCUAAACCUGCAGUGCAUGAAUUUAGUGAUGUAGUUAAUAAAAUUAGUGAAACGCUACCUCAACAAGUGGUUAGUGAACCUUUAUUUACAAAACAAGAGAUUGUUAAGGAUACUGCAGAUGUUGUGGUGCAUAAUGGUGGUAGGAAGAAGGAAUUUGUCAAAACCGAUUCGUUUCAGCAAGCUAUGAGGACGACUCCUGAUGAUGAACAGAGAAGCCUAAGGUCUCCUAAUAUUCCAUCACCAUCUUCCGAAACUCUUCUCGGGCGCCCAAAACGGACACCAUCAUCCGAUGGUUCCGUAUCACCACGUUCGAGCAGUUCUGCCGCCGUCAGGAGACGUGCAGAACUGGAACGAGCACAAAGAAGUCAUCGGUCGUCCGAGGACGAAAUGGACGACGACAGAGGUGCGACUAUAGACGACAGAGAUAGAGUGGCCGUUGUCGAUCUUCAGAGAAGGUCAUCGUCGUCUUCUUCAGGCGGCGAGGAGGAAGGCGCCAGGAAAAGGAGGAGGAUGCUGAGGGCGCAAAUUGCAGAGCAGGAGCCGGAGGCUAGGGUUCUGGUCGCUGAGUUGAAUGAGGACUCUUUUGAGUUGGAGGAGUUUCCUUAUGUUCCUACGACUUUACCGCAAGAACGUCCUGUGGCUGUUCCUAUAGUACCCGUCAAGCAGCGGAGGAAAAAUAAUAUAAAACCACUUGCAACUAGCACAAAGCUACAGCACCAUUUAAACAAAAUAGAAGCAUGGGCCCAGAAGUGGAGACUUAAAAUUAAUGAAUCAAAGUCUUGCCAAGUCACUUUCACCCUAAAGAGAGACAAGGUGGAAAGACCUCGCCCAACAACUCCGAUAGAACCCAGCAGGUUCCAGCAACUUCUGAAAAGUGCAGCUCAGCAAGAAAACUCCUUGACAGCUAGUAAUGCUAAACAACAAUUGCGAAUCAAAUUGCCCUCAACAGCACAUUCAUCUGAAGCAGAAGAAGGACGUCAAAGGUCGCCUAGAAGACCUGUAGCUGAAGCAGCCGAAAGUUGGAUUGAAUUUGCGGAGCAAGCCAUUGCUCCAGCUCGAAGACGCACAGGAUCGACAGCCUCCCAAUCAGGAGAGCAUCAUUCUACAUCGACAUCUAGAAGAGAAUCUUGUUCAACUCCACCGCCGCCUUUGCCUCCAAGGAAAACGCCUCCAAACUCAGCACGAGAAGAAAGAACCAUGUCGAGAUCUGCUCCGGUCAAAAGUUGGAUAAAUUUUGAGGACAUUCCUGAAAAGCGGAGGCCGCCGAAGAGGAUACAGACUAUACCGACUGCAGUCAACAUUCCUUCUCAGCAUAGAUCGGCAGCAACGUCGCCUCCGAAUGUGUCGGGUACAAAUCAGUGUUCAGCAGGUCAUGGAGCAGGAGGAUCGUUGACACCUCAAGGAUCUUCUUCAAUGGGCCCAUCACAUGCAGCAGACCGCUCGCCAUCAGCAGCUGCCGAUGAAGAAGAUAGGAAGCCUCUUCUCCAGUUAGACUCGGGUGCAAUCAGCGAUUCCUCGCCAGAAUUGAGUUCGUCUCACGAUCGUCCUCUGGUCGUUUUACCAGGACUUCACCAGCACCAUUCGCCUUCAGAGUACAGCACCCAGCAUUUGACUCCUUCAGGGCAGAGGUCACUUAGUGGGCCCUUUGCAAUGGAUUUAGAUUUGGGGACAUAG